CUUAUGGCUGCUGCUGCUCCUGGAGAUAGGUCUCUGCAGAACACACCUACAUGGGCUUUAGCUGGUGUUUGUGCAGUGUUUGUGAUCAUAUCAAUUCUGAUAGAGCAUGGAAUUCAUUCGUUAGGGAAGUGGUUUCAAAAACGACAUAAUAAGGCCAUGAGUGAAGCUCUGGAGAAGAUCAAAGCUGAGCUAAUGCUACUGGGAUUCAUAUCUCUACUACUUACUGUGGGUACAAAAUAUAUUGCAAAAAUAUGCAUUCCUCCCAAAUAUGGAGACAGAAUGCUUCCAUGCAAACCCGACUACGAGGAGGAAGACUCCAAAGAUAAAGGUAAAGGUGGUGGUGGUAACGAUGAUUAUAAUGAUAGGAGAAAGUUACUUUCAUUCGCUGGAGAUGUGAUAUGGCAACGAGUGUUGGCAGCAGCUCCUGGCGGUGACGAUUAUUGCGGCAAAAAGAAUAAAAUUUCAUUGAUCUCGCAAACAGGAGUGCAUCAAUUGCAUAUAUUUAUAUUUGUUCUUGCCGUUUUUCAUGUUCUGUACAGUGUCAUGACUAUGGCACUGGCACAGGCAAAGAUGAAGAAAUUGAAGGCUUGGGAAUUAGAAACCUCAUCCUUGGAGUAUCAGUUCACUAAUGAUCCAUCAAGGUUCAGAUUGGCCCAUCAGACUUCCUUUGUAAAGCGUCACUCUGGCAUCUCCACAGCGCCUGGGAUCAGAUGGAUUGUUGCAUUCUUUAGGCAAUUCUUUGGUUCAGUAACGAAGGUGGAUUACUUAACUAUGCGAAACGGAUUUAUUAAUGCACAUUUUGCUCCAAAUAGCAAAUUUGACUUCCACAAAUACAUCAAAAGAUGCAUGGAAGAUGACUUCAAGGUGGUUGUGGGUAUUAGUAUCCCACUGUGGAUUUUUGCCAUUGUCUUUUUGCUGCUUAAUGUCUACAAAUGGUACACACUCACCUGGUUGACGAUAGUGCCACUCAUUAUACUUCUCUUGGUGGGUACUAAACUCGAACUUGUUAUAAUGGAGAUGGCCCAAGAAAUCCAAGCAAGAACUACAGUUGUCAGAGGAGCUCCUGUGGUUGAGCCUAGCAACAAGUAUUUCUGGUUUAAUCGACCCCAGUGGAUUCUGUUCUUGCUUCAUUACACAUUGUUCCAGAACGCUUUUCAAAUGGCAUUUUUCUUGUGGACAUGGUAUGAAUUUGGGUUGAAAUCUUGCUUCCAUGAAAACCUGGUAGCCAUUUUGGUGAGGGUUUUCCUUGGAGUGGCCCUUCAGUUCGUAUGCAGCUACAUAACCUUUCCUCUAUAUUCCUUGGUGACACAAAUGGGUUCGCACAUGAAGAGAUCAAUCUUUGAGGAACAAACAGCAAAAGCUCUUAGAAAAUGGCAGAAGGCUGCAAAGCAGAGAAAUAAGUCAAGACAACCAGGGGCAGGAGGUAGUUCUCCAGGGUUCAUAAGUGGUGAAACCACAUCAGGCCAAGGUACAUCACCCAUACAUUUGCUUCAUGGCCACAAGCACCACUCAAGUCAAACAGACAUUGAAAGUGUCCUUAAUUCCCCAAGAUCUUAUCGAUCCGAUAUUGAACUCUCAGACCUCUCGGAGACCGAGGGAUCCACUCACCAUGGGAAUGAAUCAAGAAAACAAGAUCAUCAAGGAAGAACAGAAGAUCCAAAUAACAAUGAUUUUUCCUUUGUAAAAAUUUGAACAAUAUAUAUAAAUGCCUAAUUAAUCUUC